AUGAGGGAUCAGAUAGACCAGCUGGCCACCAUCACGGUUUUGGGAGUCCUGGAGCAAGGUAAAUGCCCUUUAUACAAUGCUCGCUUUGCUAAACAAACACUGCUGGACUGUUACCAUUCCUGUGUUGUUCUGUUUUUAGCCUAUUUUGCACUGCAGGUGAUCUAUGCCCGUCGGAAGUACAAGAUCUCCCCUCCUGAAACAACAGGUCACCCUGAGUUUGAACGGAUCUUCAGAGCUCAGGCAAACUGCUCAGAGUACUUCCCAAUCUUCAUUUCGCUCCUCUGGAUUGCUGGAAUCUUCUUCCAUCAAGGUGUGACUGUGGCAUGUGGGCUGCUAUACCUCUACACCCGCCUCAAGUACUUCCAGGGAUACACCGUGGCUGCACAGGGACGCUUGGGACCAAUGUAUGCCAGUGCCUUGCUGCUCUGGCUGCUGCUGGGGCUGGCAAUGGCUGGGCUCCUGGCACACUUCCUGCAGCCCCACUCCUCCACAUGAAUGGCAGCACUGGCACAGCCCCUCCAGUAACACAGUGCCCAGUGAGAGGGGCCAUGGCUCUCCCAAAACCAGUCAGCUGGCACAGUCAGGGAGUGAGUACCUCCCUGGCUCUGUGGUCCCCUCUGAAGGGAGGCUGACGCUGGCACUCCUCUGCU